UCAUUCGACUAAAAGAUACAAAAGCCCACGACUGAGCCAAUCUAGAAGAACCCACGAAACAAUCUAAAUCUGCUGUUGGGGAAGGGGGAAAGUGAAGGUAAGGAAGAGCACACAACAACAACCAAGACAACGACCUUUUACCAAGACAGCAACAACAAUGUUCGCUUGGUUGAGUUCUAUCAAUCGUCGCCGCCGGGAAGAAAAUGUUAUCCUUCGUGAUUUCGUUCAAUCGCAUUUUGCCAUGACCAAAGAGGGUGGCGUCGUCUACGAAUGUCGCUGCGUCUACCCCGAGAGCAACUGUAGCUCGCUGCAACAUCAUCCCGAUAUUGAUGCCAUGAUCCUAGAGUUUUGCCAGUCUACUACCGAAGAUGAUCCUUUCCAUGUCCAACAACAAAAGAACAACGACUUGGAAGAAUGCGCCAAAGUCAUGACUUUUUUCUUUGCAAUCAUCUCCUCCUUUUGGGUCUUGGCCCACCAGUACUACACUACCUCCAAUGAUGACAACCGCCACGGUGCAAUCGAUUGUGGCAUCCUUGUGGCUCUGACGAUCCUGGCCAAUCUGCUGCUCUUUUGUUGUCUCUUUCGCGUAGAUAUUCAAUAUAGACCUCAUCAUGAAUGACUAUGCAUACCUGCAAUCUCUCUUAUACCGGUAGCGCGCACAAAUCUCGUCACCCCCUUGGCUGUUCCACCUGAGAUCUGAGAUCACCUGCAAUUCCUUCCUUGUAGAAGUCUAGCUAGCUAUAGCAGGGGAACUUGACUUUCUCUCGUCUUGUCUAUCUAGGUGUAU